GGGAGGGAGAGGAGGAGGAGGAGGAGGAGAGAGAGAAAGGCUGCCAGAGAGAAAGCCGCUGCCGGAGCGACACACAGCCGGCAGAGCUCCAGCUCGAGCGUGACUCCAGACCUCCACACAGUGAUGCCCUCCCGCCGCAACCGGCCCCAAGCCCCGCCGCAGAUCCCACGCCUCUCCCCCGAGACCGCCCCCUAUCUGGGCCAGCACGGCACCCUGCCCCACGCCGCCGGGAACGCACCAGCUGGACCACUUCGCUAGAGCAAGGAGCCCGGAGCGUGACCCGCCUGCCGCUGGCCUCGGACGACGCGUGCCCAUUUCCGUCUCGAGCUGGAGUGGGCAGUGCGUGCCAUGCGGCGAGCUGAUUGCUUCCUCUCGCGAGCUAAUGACCUUCUCGAGCGGGAGAGCGGCCUUCCGCCCACGUGCAGCUGAGACGCGGGUCCAGAGAGGGUGACCGCGAACCAGGUUGUGUCUCAGAAGAGGACUGAGCAGCUGGAACGGGACCCGGACAGACGUUGGGACUAAACCAGUGCCCCGGCAACAAGGACGAGGGAAAGGAGAGAAAGAGAGAGAGAGAGAGCGGAGAACUGAGAGACACAGAGGAGGAGAGGCAGAGGGAGAGGGAGACGGAGGGAGAGAUAUCCCGAGAGAUUGGUUCGACGAUAGGCUACAUUAGAGAGGAAAUGAUGGAGGAGCUUCGCUAACGGCAGCUCGCUGACCAAUAUUAUCUCCCGUCCCCCAAACCACACAACAGCGCUUUCCGGCCGACCAUCGACCAGAUAAAAAUCCCCCAACUUGGAAUACACACACACACACACACACACGUGAGUGGGGGCUCAGAGGCAGGCUGCCGGCGCUGUCCCCGCUCGCUCCUUUAGGACUCCUCGACAGAGACAACAGAGACAAAGGGCCAAAGUGCACAAAGCACAAGAAAGGCUUUCAUGUCGUCGACCACGUGGAUGUUACAAUGCACAGACCCCUUCCACAGCACUGAAGCAGGAGUAGCAGAGUAUCUGUGUGUGUGUGUGCAUCCUCCGACGAACCUCCGGCAGCAAAGGAAUACAGCGUGUUGGCAAUAACAAGGGACAGAUUACACUUGUGAGACACUAGCUGUACAAGCACACCAACGAAUCACAGGGCUACUUUUUUCCCCCCUUUCUAACGAGGACCUUUUUUUUUGGACCCUUUUUUUCCUGUCUUUUUCUGCUAUACUACGAGCUGGAUGGAGCAGAUAUCCUAGCAGCUCGUCUCAGCCGGCUCGCGUUGCCUGACUAAAAGGGGGAUAGCGGCGGAUGAGCCCGAUCUGCCACAACAGUUCAGGCGGGAGCGGAUGGUGACAGCAGGGAGAAGCCUACACGAGCAUGGUGCGUUCUUAUGACAUCCUGUCGGGACGACUCGGGACCUGCUGCUGGCUCACAGGCUCCUGAGGAGAACUCGGUGCAGGGGGGAGGGGAGAAUGCAUACCCCUCCUGUACUGGAAUUUCAAGCCACCAUGAGCGACAUCAACAACAAUAACAACAACGUGACCGUGCUCGACAGCGCCGACCCAUUGGACCAGGACAUGGACGCGGCCCUGCCCUACCCCGUCAGCUUCCAGGUGUCCCUGACGGGCUUCCUGAUGCUGGAGAUCGUGCUGGGCCUGAGCAGCAACCUCACCGUGCUGGUGCUCUACUGCAUGAAGUCCAACCUGGUCAGCUCGGUCAGCAACAUCGUCACCAUGAACCUGCACGUGCUGGACGUGCUGGUGUGCGUGGCCUGCGUGCCGCUGACCAUCGCCGUGGUGCUGCUGCCUCUCCAGGAGGACAACACGGCGCUCAUCUGCUGCUUCCACGAGGCCUGCGUGUCCUUCGCCAGCGUCGCCACGGCGGCCAACGUCCUGGCCAUCACCCUGGACAGGUACGACAUCUCGGUGCGGCCGGCCAACCGCGUGCUGACCAUGGGACGCGCCGUGGCCCUGUUGGGCUCCAUCUGGGUGCUGUCCUUCCUCAGCUUCCUGGUGCCCUUCAUGGAGGUGGGCUUCUUCAGCCAGGGCAGGGGCAGGAAGGGCAACCAGACCCUGGAGUACGAGGAGGACGAGGAGGACUUGUGGGCCAACCACUACGACACAGACCUGGGCCUCUACUACCACCUGUUGGCCCAGAUCCCCAUCUUCUUCUUCACGGCGGUCGUCAUGCUGGUGACCUACUACAAGAUCCUGCAGGCGCUCAACAUCCGGAUCGGCACGCGCUUCCACACCGCCGCCCCCAAGAAGAAGCCGCGCGGCGGCAAAAAGGGCAAGAAGGCGGCCGUCUCCAUGACGGCGUCCGGGAACAACGCGUCGUCGGCGGCGGCGGCGGCCCAGCCCGAGUCCACCGACGCCUCGCAGAGCAGCGCGGCGGUGCGGAACCCUCCGCUGGCCAUGCGCACCUCGGUGUCGGUCAUCAUCGCCCUGCGCCGCGCCGUCAAGCGCCACCGGGAGCGCCGGGAGCGGCAGCGGCGGGUCUUCCGCAUGUCGCUGCUCAUCAUCUCCACCUUCCUGCUCUGCUGGACGCCCAUCACCGUGCUCAACGCGGUCAUCCUGAGCGCCGGGCCGAGCGCCGUGAUGGCCCGGCUGCGCCUGGGCUUCCUGGUCAUGGCCUACGGCACCACCAUCUUCCACCCGCUGCUCUACGCCUUCACCCGGCAGAAGUUCCAGAAGGUGCUCAAGAGCAAGAUGAAGAAGAGGGUGGUGUCCGUGGUGGAGGCCGAGCCCACGCCCAACAACGUGGUCAUCCACAACUCCUGGAUCGACCCCAAACGGAACAAAAAGGUGACCUUCGAGGAGACAGAGGUCAGACAAAAGUGUCUCUCCUCUGAGGACGUGGAGACGUAGUGUGAACCAUCAGACUCAUGUCGAACUCACACACAGGUCAAUGAUACAACGCGCUGAAAAAGGGAAACCACUUAUCCAAAGCAGAUAUGUGUAUUAAAGUGUAUUAUCUGUACAGUUUCACAGCGUGGAGCAAAUAAUUUAAUACUAUUUAUUGUAAUGGUGGUGACUAGAUAUCAUGGACAGUUCAAAGAGUGUACAGACUGCAUGUGCUUUUCGUUAUAGUGGUGAAAUGAAGUGGUGUACAUAUAGGAACAAUGUAUAGCAGAGUACGUAUACAUUCAUGUACAUACAUAGAAAGAAAGGCCCGUGCUAUUUGUCCUGUUUAUAAUAAUAAAAUAAAACCUGAAGCAGGUGGAAAUACA